AUGGACGCAGCUCCGGGGCAUGACGCCGGUGCGCGCAGGGGAGGGCCGUUCCUUUAUCCAUGGAAUCGCCGACUACGCAAUGUAAUUGGUAUCUGGGUGCGCAACCUGGACGUGACUCCACCCGCAUCUCGAGGCCGCGGCAAAACCAUUGAUGACGACGAUAUCCCCAACAGCCUGAAAUCGCCCUCGAAAUUUCUCGCGCAGAAAGAUACCCAGUCGCUGCAUACCUCCCGAUCAUUCUCAGACCUGAAAUCGCCCGGGGGACAAGAUCAACAGCUUGAAAACAAGAAGCAGAAGAAGCCUGAGCUGGGCCCGUCACGCCGCCGCAGUACCCUGCCCUGGAACGACCCCAACCCUAGAUCACGGCAGGAGAAACUCGCUGGGAUUGUGAAGAAUCGCAUGGCAGACACAUUCUUCUCGAUUCACUCCGAUGGCAUUGAAGAGCCUUUGUAUAUCAGUGAAACCCUGAGGAAGACGACCAACCCCAGCUUUCAGUUCUUCGACUUGAAUGCGUCAUGGCCGUUAGUGUGUCGGCUUGAUACAAUAACAAUCAAACUAUGGGUUCAAACGGAGGCCAUGUCUGAGUUUAUACUUUUGGUCGAGUUAAAGCAGAAUCUACGAUACUUGCAAUUCCUGGGAAAGAGCUUAGACAGCUUCCACCAACCACUACCUACCAAUUGUCUUGUUUUUCACCUCACAGAUGGUGUAUAUGCUAAUUUGACUGACAUUCCUCCGGUGGAAAAGCCAUUUGAUGGCGCCAAUCGCCGAGGUGUCGGUGACGGGAGUGUUCUUACCACCUCUUCUUAUGAUCAGUUGAUGAAAAUGGUUAAUUUGGACUUGGUUCUUCAAGACACGCUCGCAAUAACGAGAACUAUCGAGUCACAAAUUGGUGACACUGUUACCAAAAAUGAGAAUCAGUUCGAGCUCGUUAGCAAGGCUGCGAGUGCCAAGGAACGAUGCGAUUCAACCAAGGGGCUUGUAGAUGCCCAGCGGAAGGCGGUGCAAAGAACGACGAAGCGCAAAGAUGAUCUGAAAGCCAGCCUCGCGUAUCGUCGCAAGGCAAUGGAGCAUGGCCGAGCCACAAUGGACAAGGAACGGACUCAUCUUCCUGAUGCCAAAGACAAAUUGUCUCACAGUGAUCAAUUACUCAACCAGGCGCAUGAAGAGACUAAGGGCCAGAUUCGCCGAAUUGCGGAGGAUUUGAUGAAUGUUUACCCGAUUGAAUCUAUUCCCGACCAAACGCUGGGAUUUACCAUUCGGGGACUGGAGCUACCCAACUUGAGCUCUAACGGGUUCGGAGACGCCGAUCCCAAAAUUCUGGCCGCCGCUCUGGGCUAUGCAGCCCACUUGGUACAUCUUCUUUCUUUCUAUUUGUCCGUGGUGAUUCCAUACCCGAUUACUCCGAACAGCUCGGCUUCAUUGGUUCGGGAUCCCGUGUCCAAGGACCUCUCGCAACGAACUUUCCCUCUAUACCCGGUUGGCGGGGAUUAUAAAUUCGGCUACGGCGUGUUUCUUCUAAAUAAAGACAUCGAGUUCCUGCUCAACCGGCAAGGUGUCCGCGUUCUGGACAUUCGCCAGACUCUUCCGAAUCUCAAAUAUCUUUUCUACAUACUGACUGCGGUGGUGCACGAAAUACCGGCCCGGAAGCCUGGGGGUAUUCGAGGUCUUUUCACUGGGAGGUAUACCCCGAACCUGUCUCGUCGCAAUAGCACAGAUAGCGCGGUCUCUGGCGAGUUUGUUCCACCGCGCAGAGCUUUGGACGGGGUCUCUCGUAUGAGUGAGCUCAGCAUGAAGGACGCACCCAAGUCUGUUGCUGCUGUUGCUGGUCCGUCUGUGUCGCCCCGAAUAGCUUAG